CGGAGACCGCGGGCGGACGCUCUGCGCUGCUGGACCGGACAUUCAGUGACUGGCCCCAGGUAUUCAGCGGGAAACAAGCGGCAGAAGAGCGACUCGGGAGCAAGUGUGAGAGAGGAAGCGGCGGCGGCGACGCGGGGCCCGGGGUGGUGACAGCAGGUCUGAGGUGCACCAUAAAUACAAAAGACUGAAGUUACAAAAGAGAAAAAAAAAAGAUCGCUGCUAUAAUGACUCUGAACAAUACAGUAUAUUUUGUGCCAUAUAUGAAAAGGUACUGAAAUUUUACACCCUCCCCCCUCAAAUAUUUGUCAAUGAGAGAGAAAGCUGAUUGGGAUUUCAAAAGCAAAGUGUUUGCACAUAUUGGUCAUCAUGCGGAAAGGCGUGCCACGAGACCCAGAGAUUGCUGAUCUGUUCUAUAAAGAUGACCCUGAGGAACUUUUUAUUGGUUUACAUGAAAUUGGACAUGGAAGUUUUGGAGCAGUUUAUUUUGCCACAAAUGCUCACACCAAUGAGGUGGUGGCGAUUAAGAAAAUGUCCUAUAGUGGGAAGCAGGCACAUGAGAAAUGGCAAGAUAUUCUUAAGGAAGUCAAAUUUCUACAACAAUUGAGACAUCCUAAUACCAUUGAAUACAAAGGUUGCUACUUGAAAGAGCACACUGCUUGGUUGGUGAUGGAAUAUUGCUUAGGCUCAGCCUCUGAUUUGUUAGAAGUUCAUAAGAAACCACUUCAGGAAGUGGAGAUCGCUGCCAUUACUCACGGUGCCUUGCAGGGGCUAGCCUACCUGCAUUCUCAUGCACUGAUUCAUAGGGAUAUUAAAGCAGGAAACAUUCUUCUAACAGAGCCAGGUCAGGUGAAACUAGCGGAUUUUGGAUCUGCCUCAAUGGCUUCUCCUGCCAAUUCCUUCGUGGGCACACCUUACUGGAUGGCUCCAGAGGUGAUCUUAGCUAUGGAUGAAGGACAGUAUGAUGGGAAAGUUGAUAUUUGGUCACUUGGGAUCACCUGCAUUGAAAUGGCGGAACGGAAGCCCCCUCUUUUCAACAUGAAUGCCAUGAGUGCCUUAUAUCACAUUGCCCAGAAUGACUCCCCCACGUUACAGUCUAAUGAAUGGACAGAUCCCUUCAGGAGAUUUGUUGAUUACUGCUUGCAGAAAACGCCUCAGGAAAGGCCAACAUCAGCGGAACUGUUACGGCAUGACUUCGUUCGACGAGACCGUCCACUUCGUGUCCUUAUUGACCUUAUACAGAGGACAAAAGAUGCUGUUCGUGAGCUAGAUAACCUACAAUACCGGAAAAUGAAAAAAAUCCUUUUCCAAGAGACACGAAAUGGACCCUUGAAUGAGUCACAGGAAGAUGAAGAAGACAGUGAACAUGGAACCAGCCUGAGCAGGGAAUUGGACAGCCUGGGCAGCAACCAUUCCAUCCCAAGCAUGUCUGUGAGUACAGGCAGCCAGGGCAGCAGCGUCAACAGCAUGCAAGAGGUCAUGGACGAUAGCAGCUCUGAACUUGUCAUGAUGCAUGAUGAUGAAAGCCCAGUAAAUUCCACUUCCUCUCUUGUGUACAAGAAAUGUUGCCACACUGCUUUUUCCAAUAACAUGAAUAUCACUGCAUCUCUAGACUGUUUGCUUCUCCAGGACACCUCUCUUCAAACACCACCUAGCCGGGAUCAUGUAUUCAUAAGGGAUGAGGCGGGCCACGGCGAUCCCAGGCCUGAGCCGCGGCCUACCCAGUCAGUUCAGAGCCAGGCCCUCCACUACCGGAACAGAGAGCGCUUUGCCACGAUCAAAUCAGCAUCUUUGGUUACACGACAGAUCCAUGAGCAUGAGCAGGAGAACGAGUUGCGGGAACAGAUGUCAGGUUAUAAGCGGAUGCGGCGCCAGCACCAGAAGCAGCUGAUCGCCCUGGAGAACAAGUUGAAGGCUGAGAUGGACGAGCACCGCCUCAAGCUACAGAAAGAGGUGGAGACGCAUGCCAACAACUCGUCCAUCGAGCUGGAGAAGCUGGCCAAGAAGCAAGUGGCUAUCAUAGAAAAGGAGGCAAAGGUAGCUGCAGCAGAUGAGAAGAAGUUCCAGCAACAGAUCUUGGCCCAGCAAAAGAAAGACUUGACAACUUUCUUAGAAAGUCAGAAGAAGCAGUAUAAGAUUUGUAAGGAAAAAAUAAAAGAGGAGAUGAAUGAGGACCAUAGCACACCCAAGAAGGAAAAGCAGGAGCGGAUAUCUAAGCAUAAAGAGAACUUGCAGCACACACAGGCUGAAGAGGAAGCCCACCUUCUCACUCAGCAGAGACUGUACUAUGACAAAAACUGUCGUUUCUUCAAGCGGAAAAUAAUGAUCAAGCGGCAUGAAGUGGAGCAGCAGAAUAUUCGGGAGGAACUAAAUAAAAAGAGGACACAGAAGGAGAUGGAGCAUGCCAUGCUGAUCCGGCACGAUGAGUCCACCCGAGAGCUUGAGUACAGGCAGCUGCACACGUUACAGAAACUCCGCAUGGAUCUGAUCCGGCUACAGCACCAGACUGAACUGGAAAACCAGCUGGAGUACAAUAAAAGGCGAGAGAGGGAACUGCACAGAAAGCAUGUCAUGGAACUUCGGCAACAGCCAAAAAACUUAAAGGCCAUGGAAAUGCAAAUUAAAAAACAGUUUCAGGACACUUGCAAAGUACAGACCAAACAGUAUAAAGCACUCAAGAAUCACCAGUUGGAAGUUACUCCAAAGAAUGAGCACAAAACAAUCUUAAAGACACUGAAAGAUGAGCAGACAAGAAAACUUGCCAUUUUGGCAGAGCAGUAUGAACAGAGUAUAAAUGAAAUGAUGGCCUCUCAAGCGUUACGGCUAGAUGAGGCUCAAGAAGCAGAAUGCCAGGCCUUGAGGCUACAGCUCCAGCAGGAAAUGGAGCUACUCAAUGCCUACCAGAGCAAAAUCAAGAUGCAAACAGAGGCACAACAUGAACGUGAGCUCCAGAAGCUAGAGCAGAGGGUGUCUCUGCGCAGAGCACAUCUUGAACAGAAGAUUGAAGAAGAGCUGGCUGCCCUUCAGAAGGAACGCAGCGAGAGAAUAAAGUACCUAUUGGAAAGGCAAGAGCGAGAGAUUGAAACUUUUGACAUGGAGAGCCUCAGAAUGGGAUUUGGGAAUUUGGUUACAUUAGAUUUUCCUAAGGAGGACUAUAGAUGAGAUUAAAUUUUUUUGCCAUUUACAAAAAAAAAAAAAAGAAAACAAAAAAAUUCAGACCCUACAAAACCACAUUCCCCAUUUUAACGGGCGUUGCUCUCACUCUCUCUCUCUCUUACUCUUACUGACAUCGUGUCGGACUAGUGCCUGUUUAUUCUUACUCCAUCAGGGGCCCCCUUCCUCCCCCCGUGUCAACUUUCAGUGCUGGCCAGAACUUGGCCAUCUCUUCUAUUCAUAGUACAUGUCACAGUAUUGAUGUGAUUCAGAAUGUUUCAGUGAAAACUUUGGAGACAGUUUUAACAAAACCAAUAAACCAACAACAACAACAAAAAAGUGGAUGUAUAUUGCUUUAAGCAAUCACUCAUUACCACCAAUCUGUGAAAGUAAAGCAAAAAAUAAUAAUAAUAAUAAUAAUAAAUGCCAAGGGGGAGAGAGACACAAUAUCCGCAGCCUUACACCUUAACUAGCUGCUGCAUUAUUUUAUUUUAUUUUAUUUUUUGGUAUUUAUUCAUCAGGAAUUAAAAAAAAAAAACAAAGUUUUAUUAAAGAUUGAAAAUUUGAUACAUUUU